CGUACAUUUGCGACCCGCCCUCCUUUCUUUAAAGUUUGAGCUGCACACCUACAACCCAAAAGGACACAGACGUGUAUUUGAGCUUAGAAUCUACAUGUGCAAUCUUAUGGAAUAAUUUUACCAAUAUACAGGUGCAGUGUGUAGCCAUGGCUGCACGGGUGGAGGCAACCACAAGGGAAAUGAGCCAAUCGCUCAACAACCCAGACAAAUCUUCAGUUUCAGCCUCUGCACUCCCUGGAGACACAGGGAAGCCAGCGUUGGGCCCAAAACCCCACCUCAUGCCUAAACCAUUUGCCCUGCAAAGGAACGCCACCGUCCGCCCCAUACGGGCCCCGAUCUUUAACAGGCAGCUCAAUAGAGCCUCCUCUUCUGAAACGCUUUUGAAUAACAUAAAAUCUGGUGCUGGUGGUACAAAACCAUUAGAAUCAGGCUCAAACGGCACAGUCAAUGGGUCUAAUCAAAGUGCAGCUCCUAAACCUGUCCCACUCAGCCCAAAACCUGACUUAAUAGCUAAGCCUACACCAGAACCCACUAAGAGUCCUGAUUCUGAUAACCAAACUGGUCCAGAGUCUGGUGUGACCGAUAAAGAUGUGAAGGGCGUUCAGCUCAGGAGCAGAGCAAAAUCCUUUGGUUCUCUCGAUCAAAAGAUUCUCGACCAGGAGGACCAAGAAGAGGCAGCCAAGAUUGAAGCCAACGUCAAAGCACCUUCACGGUUCUGGCCACCUCGAAAUCGUCUCUCCAUGGAGCUGACCUCCAAGUUUGAGUCACCGUCUCAACCCGAGAAGGAGGUGAGGAGAGAUGCUGAAAUCAGCAAGCUGGAGAAAGAGAGGCUGCCACAAUCUCCUUCUGAGUCCAAGUUUUCAAAGCUUCCUUUGGAGAAAGGAGAGACGGGAGACGAGGAGGUCAGCGGAGGCAGCAUUAGGAGACGGAUCAGCCUUCUCUUUGAUCAAUCUGCAGCAGCUCAGCGCAGGGAAACCUUCAACAAAAGAGACAAUCCACCUGCCGAAAUAUCUGUUGACAUUAAACAGAGAAUAAAGAAUCUAAGCUUGGACACACCAAGGAUACGCUUGCCAUCCACUGGUGCUCCUAAAAGUCCACCUUCUGACAAGAGACAGAGCACCUCAGAUGAGCCACAGAGUGAGAGAUCAUCUGAAAAACCUGCAGCGACAGAGAAGGUGCCCUUUGACAAACCAUCAAAUGCGACAGAAAUCAAGAAUGUAGAAAAAGAGAAAGAUGAUGAAGAUGAAGAUGAGAACUUUGUCCCUGUUCCUGUUUACCGAAGGGUUGGGAUGAGCCUAGAUGCAGAGACAAAGAGAAGGGAAGAAGAAGAAAAACAGAGAAUAGAUGAGCAGUUAGAGAAAGAAAGACAGGAGCAGGAAAGGAAAAGACUUUUGGAGGAGGAGAGGAAGGCAAGAGAAAUGGAGAGACAGAAAGAGGAGGAACGGAAACGUGCUGAAGAAGAGAGAAAACAGGAAGAGGAAAAGCAAAGACAGAUGGAAGAAAGGAGAAAGCAAGAAGAAGAACGAAAGAGAAGAAUUGAAGAAGAAAGAAAAGAGGAGGAGAGGAGGAGACAGAUCGAAGAGGAGAAGAGAAGGAUUGAAGAAGAAAAAGAGAGACAGAGAGAAGAGGAACGACUAAAGAAAGAGAGAGAAAUGGAAGAAGAGAGGAAACGAAUUCAGGAGUUGGAGAGACAGAGAGAGGAGGAAAGAUUGAGACAGCAACGAGAAUUAGAGAGACUAAAAAAAGAAAAAGAGAUGGAAGAAGAGAGGAAAAGAAAACAAGAGUUGGAGAGACAGAAAGAGGAAGAAAGACUGAGACAGGAAAGAGAAAGAGAGAGACUAAAGAAAGAAAAAGAGAUGGAGGAAGAGAGACAAAGAAUUCAAGAGAUGGAGAGACAGAAAGAGGAAGAAAGAAUGAGAAAAGAGCGAGAAUUAGAGAGGAUAAGGAAAGAAAAAGAGAUGGAGGAAGAAAGGCGAAGAACUGAAGAGAUGGAAAGACAGAAAGAGGAGGAAAGACUGAGACAGGAACGAGAAAAAGAGAGACUGCGGAAAGAAAAGGAGAUGGAAGAAGAGAGAAUUCAAGAGUUGGAGAGACAGAAAGAGGAAGAAAGACUGAGGAAAGAACAAGAAAUAGAGCGAAUAAGGAAAGAAAAAGAAAUGGAAGAAAGAAAGCGAAUGGAAGAAGAGCGACAGAGAGAAGAGGAAAGACUGAGACAGGAAAGAGAGAGACUAAAGAAAGAAAAGGAGAUGGAAGAAGAGAGAAGAAGAAUUCAAGAGUUGGAGAAACAGAAAGAGGAAGAAAGACUGAGGAAAGAACGAGAAAUAGAGAGACUUAGGAAAGAAAAAGAAAUGGAAGAGGAGAGACAAAGAAUUCAGGAGCUGGAAAGACAGAAAGAGGAGGAAAGACUAAGACAGGAGCGAGAAAUGGAGCGAAUAAGGAAAGAAAAAGAAAUGGAAGAAAGAAAGCGAAUGGAAGAAGAGCGACAGAGAGAAGAGGAAAGACAAAGACAGGAAAGAGAGAGAUUAAAGAAAGAAAAAGAGAUGGAAGAGGAGAAGAGGAGAAUUCAAGAGUUGGAGAAACAGAAAGAGGAAGAAAGAUUGAGAAAAGAGCGAGAACUAGAGAGGAUAAGGAAAGAAAGAGAGAUGGAAGAAGAGAGACAAAGAAUUCAGGAGAUGGAGAGACAGAAAGAGGAGGAAAGACUGAAACAAGAGCGAGAAAUGGAGAGAAUAAGGAAAGAAAAACAAAAGGAAGAAGAGAGACAGAGAGAAGAAGAAAGACUGAGACAAGAAAGAGAAAGAGAGAGACUAAGGAAAGAAAUAGAGAUGGAGAGACUGAAAGAAGAACAACUGCGACAGGAACAAGAAAAUGAGAUGGAAACGUAUAAAGUAGUCGAGAGAUUACGAGAGGAAGUUCCAACGAGUUAUGACUUAAUAUCGUUUGACGCGGAGGAACCUGCAGCGUCACAGACUCACGUCUCCACCGUCCAGGCUGCUGAUGUCUCGCCUCGUCUCACAGAAGUGAUUUAUGAUGACUUUUCGGUGAAACCCAGAAGAUGGGGAACCGGGGUGAGGCGUUCUCCGUCUCCAUCCAGAGAAUCUCCUGCUGCUCCUGACUACAGUCUACAGCCAGAAUCAAAGUCCAGUCAUCCUGGAUACCAAGAACCAUACAAAGAUCAGGGAAAUGUGCAAGAUCUGAUCGGAUUUGAACCUGAAGCUUCCAGUCCACAGAACUAUACAGAAAGCAGAAAGCAAACCUAUUUGUUUGAGGAGGAAACUGAGGAUCUGUCCAAACCACAGGACCUGCUGAAGCCAGAAACAGAUGAGGGUCAGUUGAAGGACGGUGAACCUGAGGAAGACCAAGCUGCAGAACAGGACACAGAGAAUCCAUUCGGGGAAACCGAUGAUCAAAGUGAAAACAACGACACUGUUGAUGAUGACCCUACACAGAUCAGAAUCAAUCAAGCCCUACAGAGACUGAAUCAGGUCAGACGACGAAAUACAUCUAGUGAUUCAGACACAGCAGACGUCCCAGUUCAGGAGGAGCCCGAACCGCUACCGGUUCUUGAGUCUGCAGCUCCACUAUUGGACUCCAGCGUUUUCCGUUCAAAGGUUGAUCUGGCUAAGAAACGGAGCAUAAAGCGCUCUAGACCGUCACGUUCUGUCCGACAGAGAGGCGCCCUGCCCGCUCUGACAGAGGGAACGCAACCCGACUGGACGUUCUGCGACUCCACAGAACCAAAAGAUCAGUGUUCCAGUGGAGCAGGCUCUGAAUCAGAAGAGGAACCGUCCCGAGACGUCACGUCCUCUCCAGCCCCCAGCCAGCCCAAGAGAGUCUCUGUGUUUCCUGGGAUGGACCCUUUAGCCCUCAUGGCCCAGCUAAAGCGGAGAAGUGGAGUCGUAGAAACAGAAAGUCCAACAGAAGCACAGACGCCUCCGUCUGUCCCCGCUCGCUCUCCCCGCACACCCAACAGGACCCUCGGCCCCAGAGUGCUGCCCCCUGUUGACGCCAAGGACAGUGGGUCCGGCUCUUCACCCUCCUGGCUGCUUGAGCUCAAAUCGAAGAAGCGAAUGAAUCAACCUGAAAGUGAAGCAUGAAGCUUGUGAAGCUCAGGACUCACAAGUCUGAUGCAGGAGGAAGUUCUCUGCAAAGGAAGUCUGUGUGAUGCCACAAAGAUGCCAAAGGAACUGACUUACACGAAUAAGAAGUGCAAUGACCUUUCAUUCUCAUACUGACUGAGUAUCUAUUUCGAGUGCGAGUCCUGGACUAAACAGUGUGCCAAGAUCACGUCCUAUUAUGCACAUUUUAACCUUUUACAUGAAAGUCUGUCAUAAUUGUUUGGCAGCGUUAUGAUGGGCGCAAGACGGUGUGCCUGAAAAGCAAUUGCUGUUUACUGCCUUGAACCAAGUUAAUUUUACACUUAUUUAAUUUUGUUUACAUUUAUUAAUCCAGCAAAUGUUUUUAUCCAAAGUGAGAAUGGUACAACAAGCAUUGAAGUUUCUCCAGUUGGAUCAGGGGCCAAAUGCACGUCUGUUCAUCUCUGAUUGUGGAGAAGCAGAAAUCAGUAUAGCUUCAUGCUACAAUGCACUUUAAAUGAGUCAGAUCACUGGAAAACGUGCCUUAGGACUCUCACAUUGCAUUUGAGUUAAAUCUGAUUUUAAAUAUUAUGUUUUUUGAAGUCUGAUCUUAAGAUGUUCAUUAUAGCAUUUUCUCUUAAUUGUUUUUAUUCUGUUUACAAUAUGCAGUUGCUUUAAGACCAAUUCAUAGACAUAAUUUGAUGGUUAUUUGAUCUCAUUUAGUUCAUGCUUUUGUGUUAUUCUCUAUAUUUCUAUUUUAAGUAAAGCUAGUGAUCAGCUGGGUCGGGCAUUUACAAUUUUUUGUUUUGUUUUGCUGCCCAUGUCUUUACAGUCCUGCCAAGAACACUUUUACAAACUCAAAUCAGGGUUAUGAUCAUGUUUAAUAGGUUGUGUUUAAUUGUGUUCCUUUUAAAUGUUUUUCAGUUAGGUUUGUUUUUUUUAAAACUUAAGCUAUGUAAAUUGCUGCUUGAGAAAAAUGUUUACCUGUUUAAUGUUGGGAAACGGGAGUUGUGUUUUAUAAAAAUGAAUUAUGAAUCACAAUUGUCUUCAUUAAAUAUUUUUCUAAAUGGGAA